AUGGCGUUAUCCUCUAAAAUUCAUCGAGUGAGCGGCUGUGCUAUGUUUAGCGCCCGAAGUGUACAGGGGCAGAAGAAGAACAGUCGCUUGGAAACCGCGGACGCGACCACCUCGCUCGCUCCAGCGCAUCUUCGACCUUCGACCACUCGCUCGAGUGAAGUGUGUGACUGUGAUAGUGUUCUCGUGAUACCUUUACUGACUGCGCCGCGCUCAGGUACGACUAUAACAUCACAAUUAGCAUUAGACGCUUUAUAA